GAGGCGGGGUAGGAGGGGGGGACGGCGAGAAGUCCUCGCGACGGCGCCGACGCUCUCCGGUUUACACGCCGACUCCGGUGAUGCCGUGCGCAGCAUGAACCGUCACCACGGCGCGCAGGGAGUCGUCCUGACCGGUUAUGUCAGCAACAGCGAGGCGUCGCCUCCGCCUGGCGGCUGCGGUCGCACCGCGGAACCUCCGUUGUUGAGCCGCAGGGCGGGCAUCUACAAUGUGCAGCGAAACCGUGGGGGCGUGUCGGGCGAGACGCCGACAUACUGGCGCAGCGGGUCGCAGGACUCGCUGGAGGAGCUGGCCCUGGAUGACUACUGGAAGGAGAUGGAGGUGAUCCAGUACAGCGUGGACCCAGAACCUCAGGAGGAGGUGCAGCUCAGAGUGGCUGAAGAGGGUGAGCAAGAAGAGGCGUGGCUGACAGAGGCGGGGCUAGCCACGCUGUUUGAUGAGUCGGCGUCGGACGGCGAGGACGGCAUGGCGCUGCUGUCGACACUGACGCGCACACAGGCCGCCGCCGUGCAGAGACGAGUGGACACGCUCAGCCAGACACUACGCAAACGCAGCAAGCCCUACAGCGUCCCCAACGUCAGGGACAUCUUCAGGCCUGUCCCCGCCCACGAUACGAAGGAUCACGAGUCCACGUCUGGAGAGGGUGGUGAGAGCCAGAAGGAGGAGACAACGUCAACGGGUGAGGGCCAGGGUGUCAGCAGCGAGGGCGGAGCCGAAACCGAGACGGACAUUAACCUGGAGGUGUCGUUCUCUGAGCAGGCGCUGAGCUAUAGGGAGGACUCAAAGGUCACACUACCUGUCAGCGAGGCCGACGACAAGUUGCCCGACUUCAAGCUGCUGAGGGACAAGACCGGAAUGACUAAACUGGGAGACCUCUCUCCUUCCGACAUGAAGAAAGUCCAUCGUCUCGUUCUGAUCGAGAUGAGCGCUCUGUUCGACACGGCCGGCAUCGAGCUCAAGACGCACAAGCCUCUCAAGAUAAAGGUCAAAGAAACAGGGCUGUUUGGGGUUCCUCUGUCUACCCUGCUGGAACAGGAUCAGAAGAGGUUCCCUGGAACCCGGGUCCCCCUCAUUCUGCAGCGGCUGAUCUCCCACAUUGAGAAGGAGGGUCUGGACACAGAAGGACUCCUCCGUGUCCCUGGAGUUUCCACAAGAGUCAAGGCCGUGUGUCACGACCUGGAAACGAAGUUUUACGAGGGUUUUUUUCCAUGGGAGACACUAAAGCAACACGACGCUGCCAGUUUGGUCAAACUGUUAAUCAGGGAGCUUCCACACCCUCUCCUCACUGUGGAGUACUUCAGCGCUUUUACCUCUGUGCUUAAAUUUCCCACAAAGAAACAACAGCUGCAGGCCCUUAAUCUGCUAGUGCUGCUGCUACCGGAGCCCAGCAGGGACACUCUCAAGGCCCUGCUGGAGUUCCUGCAGAGGGUCAUCGACCAUAAGGAGCAAAACAGGAUGACCCUAAACAACAUUGCCGUGGUAAUGGCACCAAACAUCUUCAUGUUUAAAGGCUUCCGGAGGAAGAUCAGCGAGCAGCAGGAGUUUGCCAUGGCAACCGGAACAGCCAACAUCGUCAGGCUGCUGAUACGAUACCAGAACCUUCUAUGGACCAUCCCGAAGUUCGUGAUCAACCAGGUGCGGAAGCAGAACAUGGAGGACCAGCGGAAGAUGAACAGAGAGAGAGCCAUGAAGAAACUGCUAAAGAAGAUGGCCCAUGAUCGUGUGAAGAAUGACACGCAGGACAGAAGCCCUGAGGUGGACAAUGGCAUCAUCAGGGUCCAGGCACCCCAGUUCUCUAAGGUCUCUAUGGCUCUGCAGCUGACAGAAGAUCUGCAGGCAUCUGACGUCCUCUCACGCUUUCUCAGCCAGGACAGCUCAGUGUCGGUGAAAAAGGAGGAUCUGUGUCUGUAUGAGAUUGGUGGAAACAUCAAAGAGCGCUGUUUGGAUGGGGAGACGUAUAUGAAAGCACUUCUGGAGCUGAACCCCACUGCAGAGUGGGUUAUCAAAUCAGUCCAGCGCUAAUUCUCACUAUACAAACUGCCAAGUAAGCAACUGACACUACAUUUUCUUAAUGGCAAGGACUAACACAAGAUUAAAGGGAAUGUUGAACUUUUCUUAUACACCUGAAGGCCAGUCUGAACUAAGACCACCUUGCUCUUAAAUGACACUUUGGCGCUGGUUUUUAAAAGAAUUCCUGUUAGUUGCUGUGUUUCCUUGAAAUUCAAAGACACUGCCUGCUCUGGGACAUGAUUUGUAGUAAAUUUGUGCUUCAGUAUCUCAGUACAAAAGAUCUUCUACAGAAGACUCCUCCACCAAGCCCCAACCAAGUCUCCACCAAGCCCCAACAAAGUCUCCACCAAGCCCUGAGCAAGUGUGGUGGGGCCCACUCAUACAAAUCUGAUUUCUGUUUGUCCACGUGUGUUCUGCCUGAACUGUGUAAGCACCUUCAGGAUUCUUCGCCAUGCAGGUGUUUAGUGGAACUCAUCUCUAGGUGUUUACUGAAACACUUCUCCAGGUGUUUACUGUGGGUGGAAACCACUCUUGUACGUCUAAUACUUGAGACCCAAGUUGCUAUCAAAAGCCUACAAUACCUAAAGUACCUAACGAUUUCAGCAGUAACCCCCUGCCCACCACCAACACCACAAUUGCACAAACAGAAACAAUUUCAAACUAUAAUUACAUUUUUAUCUUAUAAUCAACACUACACUAUGGAAGUAAAAAGAUCCUUGUUCAUACUCCGAGGGAAUAAACUAAUAAAAGCCCCACUUAAGUGACCCUUUGAGUACACAUUCGCUAAAUGGAACUGAGAAUCAUGAAUACAGAUUCCCUCAUUUACUUCUUUAGAUGACUAGCUGACUGCCACACAUCACCAUUAACUGUUUCAGUUGCAAACAUUUAGAAGCAUGGAAGUGCGUGUGUGGGCUUUUGGAGGUGUGUUAAGGUGUGAGAGGCUAUGAUGCAGUCAGCAGAGAGUCUGUGAGAGCCACCCCACCUGUCACUGUGGACUCCACCUUUCGCAGCUUAGGACCAGGUGUCUGUAGCUUAGGACCAGGUGUCUGUAGCUUAGCAACGUGGUGUCUGUAGUUUAGCAACCCGGGGUCUGUAGCUUAGCAACGUGGUGUCCGUAGUUUAGGACCUGACGUCUGUAGCUUAGCAACCUGGGGUCUGUAGCUUAGCAACCUAGGGGUCUGUAGCUUGGGACCUGGUGUCUGUAGUUUAGGACCUGUGUAGCUGCUGAAGCUCUCUGUAGAGAACGGAGUUUGUAGCCGUGUGACUGUGGGAUACUGAUCGUAGCCAAUGUACUAGUGUCUAUACCUCCCAGAAGGGCUUUUCUAACUAACAGAGCGGCCUCUGCAGGUUCCAAACAGGGCUGUAGCUAAGCUAGCUGUGAACGCAUGAAGACUGCAGGUCACACUUCAGCUAACUCAGGACAGGGACUCGCCUUUGGAAGCAGGCUCCACUUAAAAAUGCACAACUAUAGAGAAUGAGGACACAUCACAUCUGUGUUUUCAGACCAAGACCCAGGACACACAAAGUCAUAUUCAAAUUAAAAAUGUUGUCCCUAUAGUAGCACGGAAUGAAGUCCAUGGUAAAGAAACAUACACACACGCACGCACACACACACACACACACACACACACACACACACACACACACGCACUUCUGUAAUGGUACUUUCAAACAAAGUAAGGCAUCAGCAUUUUUGUGUGCAUGUGCAGUCUUAAUGAAAUUAAAUUGAUUUUGAUUGUUGUUUUGAACGAUGUAGGUGUCAUUUCAAAUGAAUAGUUCAAUUCAGGUGAUUUUUUUAAAGAUUAUUUUAUGUUUAUUUUUUUUUUACUGUGAAUAUGAUAAAAUGUGGCUGUACCGUAUCCUAACAUCAUAAAUAACCACUAAACACUUUUUUAAAAUAAAUAUGUAAUUACA